AUGGAAGCCAUGAAACUUUCGAGCGUCGCAGCCGGCAAAUUCUCGGUGUCUUCGGGCUCCUUUCCAGCCAACCGGUGCUUCUACAACAGUCCGAGAAACUCAACUAAACUUGGGAGUUCAUGGAGUACUUGUUCCAGCAAUUACGCUUCCCUUUCUUGCAGGAAUUACUUCACUAGAGUGAUAUGGGGGUGGGUAAAUUCCAAGACUGUUACUUUUAGGAGAGAAACGCGAGGUGUUGUGAGAGCUGAAAUGUUUGGUCAGCUGACGAGUGGCCUCGAAGCUGCUUGGACCAAACUUAAAGGAGAAGAGGUUUUGACAAAGGAGAAUAUUGUGGAGCCAAUGCGUGAUAUUAGGAGAGCUCUUUUGGAAGCAGAUGUGAGUCUUCCUGUUGUUAGAAGGUUUGUCCAAGCUGUAAGUGACCAGGCUGUUGGAGUUGGUCUUAUUCGAGGGGUGAAACCAGAUCAACAAUUGGUUAAGAUUGUACAUGAUGAGUUGGUGAAAUUGAUGGGAGGAGAGGUUUUUGAACUGGUGUUUUCAAAAUCUGCCCCCACUGUUAUAUUAUUAGCUGGUCUGCAGGGAGUUGGGAAGACAACCGUUUGUGCGAAGUUAGCUAAUUAUCUUAAGAAACAGGGUAAGAGUUGCAUGCUUAUUGCUGGAGAUGUGUAUAGACCUGCUGCUAUCGACCAACUUGUUAUUCUGGGUGAACAGGUGGGAGUUCCUGUUUAUACAGAGGGAACUGAGGUUAAACCAUCUGAAAUAGCAAAGCAAGUAGAAGAGGCCAAAAAGAAGAAGAUAGAUGUAGUGAUAAUGGAUACUGCGGGACGGCUCCAGAUAGAUAAAGGAAUGAUGGAUGAGUUGAAAGAUGUGAAGAAAGUGCUGAAUCCCACAGAAGUUUUGCUGGUUGUGGAUGCAAUGACUGGCCAAGAAGCUGCUGCCUUGGUCACAACAUUCAAUGUUGAGAUAGGGAUUACUGGUGCCAUUUUAACAAAGCUAGAUGGAGAUUCUAGAGGUGGUGCAGCUUUGAGCGUUAAAGAGGUGUCUGGGAAGCCAAUCAAGCUUGUAGGACGUGGAGAGCGCAUGGAGGACCUUGAACCUUUCUAUCCAGAUCGUAUGGCUGGACGCAUCUUGGGAAUGGGAGACGUUCUCUCAUUUGUUGAGAAGGCACAAGAAGUUAUGCGCCAAGAAGAUGCUGAAGAGUUGCAAAAGAAGAUAAUGAGUGCAAAGUUUGACUUUAAUGAUUUCCUAAAGCAGACCCGUGCAGUUGCUCGGAUGGGUUCUAUGACUCGUGUUAUUGGUAUGAUUCCUGGCAUGGGAAAGGUAACCCCAGCCCAAGUUCGAGAAGCAGAGAAGAAUUUGAAAUUAAUGGAGUCAAUGAUUGAAGCCAUGACACCAGAGGAAAGGGAGAAGCCGGAGUUAUUAGCCGAGUCUCCUCAAAGGAGGAAAAGAGUUGCUCAAGAUUGUGGUAAAACAGAGCAGCAGGUGAGUCAACUUGUUGCUCAACUCUUCCAAAUGCGUGUUCGCAUGAAGAACUUGAUGGGGAUCAUGGAGGGUGGAUCUAUUCCAACACUGAGCAAUCUUGAGGAUGCAAUGAAAGCUGAACAAAAGGCCCCUCCUGGUACUGCAAGAAGAAAGAGGAAAUCAGAAUCAAGAAGGCAAUUUGCAGACUCAACAUCGACAAGGCCAAGUCCGCGUGGUUUUGGUGCAAAGAACUAGGAGUCUGAAGAAUUUCAGGAUCCCUCGUUAUUUACUUCUCGAUUAAACCGAGUUUCCGAGCUUUCUUAAGAGCUAUGAAAACUUGUUGCGUUUUGUUCAUUAGUGAGAAAUUCAUGGGUGAUCAUCACCAUCCUGAACAUUUCAAUGUAACAUUAGAUGAUAUACACAUGUUUUUAAUUAUUUUUAAGAUCGGAUAUGAUCCAUAUUGAACAAAAACAAUUUUCAUGGAAAUCUAAACUAUGUUAUCAUUGUUCUUGAUUGAGAUUGAACCAUUUGAGGUGUCAA